AUGUCUAUCUCGAUUUUGCCUACCACUGGCACUGGAACUAACCUCUACAUUCAGAAUGGGACUACUCCCGAGUCAAGUAUUCUGAUUCCGUCUACCUUGUCUGAAGCUCAACAGUCGGCGUGGUCGCAGGGACAGUGCAUUCCAUACAUGGGAAUACAUUUCUACUACAACAUCACCUUUGACAUGUCAUGUGACCAGUUAUUCCCUGUAGUCAUUCUCUACAACAAGGGCCAGCUCAACACCUUUGCUUGGAUGUUCCUCUCAGUUUUUCAGGACAAACGUUAUGAGGUGUCGCCCAAAAAAGUGUUUCCAUUUUUCAUCUCACCAGUUCCCAAAUGCAUGGACUCGUUCGAUUUCCUCACAACGCAACACGUCUAUUUGACUGACGAUAUCACUCUCAACAAGUGUUAG